CAGUUUGAGAUUGACCCAUGCCCGCAGUGGAAGAUUAUGGUUAAGGCCAGCAUCGCCCUUGUGUUUUAGUGAAUGAAGUCAAAGAUGAAGUACCACAUGUUGGUGACUUGGCGCAAAACUAGAGGAUAAGAUGAUCUGGAAUCCUAUAAAUGAUAACUUUAUUUUCUUGAUUUAAUAUGCUUUUUAGCAAAAAUUGCUACUUAAUGGGACUGGACAGGAACUGGAUGCUGGGAUUGGAAAUUUAAAAAUGUCAGGAUCGUUGGAUCACUUUAAAUGGUUGGUUUAGGAGUGGUUUCCAUGAGUUUGAAAGCAGCAUCCAAUCUGAAAGAAGUUCACAAAUAUUAAAGUGAUAGAUAGCCCAUGAGAAGCUUCUUUUUGAGAAAAUUGAUAAGCAUGUUUUAAAACUGCUUUGGCUUCUCAUAUAUCAAUACACAAUGGCUUUGUGGAUACCUAAUCAAAUAAAUUUUAAUGGUUACUGUAACAGAUACCAGAAUCACCGCCACCAUAUCAUUUUUCGUAAACGAAAAUUCAUAAAUGAUCACAAUUAUAACGUUUGGUAUUCUUACCCUUGUUAUCAUAAUGGUAUUAUACUUGUUCAAGCGUUAUAGAGCAUAAAGGAACUCAGGAAACAUGACUCCUCAAAUCUGUUGAGUCACACUUAGGGUGAAAGAACCUCUGCAAAUGACCACCAAAACAAACAAAAAGAAAAAGAAGAAAAAAAAGGAUACCAAUGGCUUCCACGCAUAACUGAUUUUUGAGGGGUUAGAGGGAAAGAGAGAGGUUUUACCAAUUCAAGAUUGCAUUGCGUCUAUACCGCAUCCUGAAAAGCUUAACAUGGGAUGAUCAUUAACAUAACUAAUCCCUACUUUCAUUCCUUCCCUUUUGUUUAUACAUCAAAAACAGAAAAGAAAAAAAAAAAAACAUUUUAUAUAAAACAAACCCCCUCACCACUGCCAAUUCCACUUCCUAUAGGCAAAGACAUGGCACCAAUGUAGUGAACCCACCUCGGCUUGAGCUUUGUCUAAUCAACAUGUGGCCGCUUAAAAUCUCCCUCAAUAAACAUUGGAAGAAAUAGUCAUUCAUUUAGAACAUGGCAUCCUGUUUCCCCCACUUCUAUAUUUGAUGACCAUAACCUCAAACAUGAGCCACCAUCACCACACAAAGCCCUCCAUCUUCAGACUGCAUUCUUUCUAACAUUUUCUUGGCUAACCAUUUCUGGCAGAAGCAUUUACUCAACUUCUACUCCUUGUUUCCUUCUGUCCACAAAAUAUCAGGCAGGCAAAUAUGGAUAACGAAGCAUUGGAGAUGAAGGUGUGGAAAAUAAACCAUCGGAGAACCGCCUCCAUACGUGCAAUAACGUUACGCAUAACUGUGUCUUUGUUUACUAUGGUAAUGUUGUUAUGGGCAAUUCGUAGUGGAUUCAAACUUGCAACAGAUUCAAGCAGAUAUUCUGGGUAUACAGACUGGGCUUUUGGCAUCGGGGUCCUAACUACGCUCCUCGGUUUCUUGUUUCUGCUACUUGGAAUUCCCAUACUUGCCGACUUGUUCCUAAAUUUGUCGGAUCAGUUGCAGGAGGAAGCUGGAAUUCAUAAAGCAUGGGAGACAAAAACAGUUCCUAAAGUCAUUAUUGCUGGAAUCUUUGUGACGGUGAUCACUGCCAUCGUUCUCUGGUGGGCCAUUUACACAGGAGUUCGGCUUGCAACUGAACCGAAGAAAGAUGGAAAGUAUCAUCUCCUGACAACUUCAAUUGGAGUGGUCACUAUUAUUUUCGGUUUGAUAUAUUUCAUCAUUGGACUCGGCAUAAUUGCAGAGCUAGGACUUGAUCUAUCUGACCAGUUGCAACAGAAAGACAAUAAAUGGAAUUGGCAUCCCUCAAGGCUGAAGAGACUAUUUUGUUGACAAUUGCACAUCUUUUUUUCUUUUUUCACAUCUUCAGUUUGAUUUCAUAGAGAUGCAGUGUUGCUAAGAGGAUUCAGCACCAUUGUACACAAUUUUGUAUCUUAUUGAAAAGAACCAUAUACUGUUCUUACAAAUUCAAUCUUAC